UCACACUUUUUAUAUUAUUAUUAUUAUUAUUAUACAGAGAGAGAGAAGUGUGUGAAAGGAACACUGAUUUUGAUUGCGUGCAUGCCAAUUUUCUGAAGUACCAACCCCAAAUUCCUACUCCUCAUUAAACCCUACCAAUUUCUCACUCUAAUCCGAGUUGAUGGGAUCGGGGGGACCAUUCUCCGCUCAGAAACGCCUUCCGACGACCAACGGCGGAGCGCGGGGGCGGGGCGGGCCUCUGCUGCUGCGGGGGCGGCAGAUCAAUAAGACGCUCCACAACAUUAAGAUCACUAUCCUCUGCGGCUUCGUCACGAUUCUCGUCCUGCGCGGCACAAUUGGGAUCGGGAGCCUCGUUACCUCCGAAGCCGACGCCGAGAAUCAGCAUCUGAUUGAGGAAACCAAUCGGAUUCUGGCGGAGAUCCGAUCCGAUAAGGACCCGAGCGACCCGGACGAGGGGCAGGAGCGGUUUCUGAGCCUGAAUGAUACUUUCAGUUUGGGGCCGAGGAUCAGCAAAUGGGACGAAGAUCGUAAGGUAUGGCUUGAGAAAAACCCCCAAUUUCCGAAUUUUGUUAAGGGAAAACCUAGGAUUUUGCUAGUGACUGGCUCGCAGCCGACUCCUUGUGACAAUGCAAUUGGCGAUCAUUAUCUAUUGAAGGCUCUGAAAAACAAGAUUGAUUACUGUAGGAUUCAUGGAAUUGAGAUUUUGUAUAACAUGGCUCAUUUAGAUAAGGAAAUGGCAGGGUAUUGGGCUAAAUUGCCGCUGCUCCGCCGCCUGAUGCUGUCGCAUCCGGAGGUGGAGUGGAUUUGGUGGAUGGAUAGUGAUGCUCUGUUCACAGACAUGGUGUUUGAGAUUCCGGUUUCCAAGUAUAAGGAUUACAACAUGGUCAUCCAUGGCUACCCUGAUUUGCUCUUCGAUCAGAAGUCGUGGAUUGCGUUGAACACGGGCAGUUUCCUGUUCCGGAACUGCCAGUGGUCGUUGGAUUUGCUGGACGCAUGGGCGCCAAUGGGGCCCAAGGGUCCGUUGCGCGAGGAGGCUGGGAAGAUCCUGACUGCCAGUCUCAAGGGGCGGCCCGCGUUUGAGGCGGAUGAUCAGUCUGCUUUGAUAUACCUGUUCCUUUCGCAGAAGGAGCGGUGGAUGAGCAAGGUGUAUGUGGAGAAUAGCUUUUACUUGCAUGGGUUUUGGGAGGGGUUGGUGGAUCAGUACGAGGAGAUGAUUGAGAAGUACCACCCAGGAUUGGGAGAUGCGAGGUGGCCGUUUGUGACGCAUUUUGUGGGGUGCAAGCCCUGCGGUAGCUAUGGGGAUUAUCCGGUGGAGAGGUGUUUGAAGAGUAUGGAGAGAGCUUUCAACUUUGCGGAUAAUCAAGUUUUGAACUUGUAUGGGUUUAGGCAUAGGGGGUUGGUGAGCCCAAAUAUUAAGAGGAUCAGGAAUGACACUGUUGCUCCUUUGGUGAAUGUAGAUCAGUUUGAUAUUCGGCAUGCAGCUCGCCACACUACUGAACCUCAGAGCUAGCUACCCCGCCGGUCGCCUUUGAGAACAUCUUGCAGUGUACGGCUUUCAUCCACAAGGAGUGGAUCGGUUCAAAACCACAGGGAGGUAUUGUUGGACUUGGACAUGUAAAGCAAGAAAACAUGGGAGGUUCUUUAAAAUAGUUGUUUGUUUUAGCCUUUUUCAUUAGUUAUAGCCUCUAAUAGGUAGUGCUAUAAAAAAGUUGGCUUCGGAUGCGAACAGAUUGAACUAGUACCACAUUAUUAUGAAAUACUACAUGAUAUAAAGAUGAAAGUUUUACUA